AUGAAGGGUGUUGGAUGGAUGCCACUGGGCUCCCUGGAAGCUGAGAAGAACAAAAAAGCCAUGGAAAUUGUGAGUGAAAAGAAAUAUCGUCAGCAUCCAGACACCUUGAAGUAUUCUGUCCCAAUGGAUUCCAUGAAUAUGGUCUUAGCUUUAAACAAUGCUAAAAUCAUGGAUGAGCACAAGUACAAACAAGCAUGGGAAGAAGACAAAAAGAAAAUUCACAUCACACCAGAUAUUCCACAGAUUGCUUUAGCAAAAGUUAAUGCAUUUAAUUUAAGUGAUAAAAUGUACAGGCUUUCAUUUGAAGAAACUAGGAAGAAAGGGUAUGACCUCAGAGCUGAUGCUAUCCCUAUUAAAGCUGCCAAAGCUUCCAGGGAUAUUGCUAGUGAUUAUAAAUACAAAUUAGGUUAUGAGAAAGACAAGGGAAGACUCGUAGGCUUCCGCAGCCUUCAGGACGAUCCCAAACUCGUCCAUUACAUGCAAGUGGCUAAGCUGCAGUCUGACAGGGAGUACAAGAAAGCUUAUGAGAUGAGCAAGACCCAUUACCAGACGCCCUCCGACGCCCUCAGCAUCGUGGCAGCCAAGGAGGCCCAAGAUCGUGUCACCAACACCAACUACAAGCGCCUGAUCCACCAGUACAUGCUUCUACCUGAUGCCAUGAGUUUGGAGCUGUACAGAAACAUGAAUCAGAUACAAAGUGAUAAUGAGUAUAAGCAGGACUACAACGAGUGGUUCAAGGGUAUUGGUUGGAGUCCUGCUGGUUCUUUGGACGUGGAGAAAUCAAAGAAAGCCACAGAAAUUGCAAGCGACCGGAAAUACCGCCAGCACCCCAGCAUGUUCCAGUUCACAAAACAGAACGAUGCCAUGGACCUGGUCCUGGCCAAGCACAAUGCAAAUAUAAUGAAUAAACAUGCUUAUACUCAAGCUUGGGAGAAGGACAAAACUAAAGUUCAUGUCAUGCCAGAUACACCAGAUAUUCUACAGGCCAAACAGAACAAGACAAACUACAGCCAGAAACAAUACAAGCUUGGCUGGGAGGAAAUGAUAAAAAAAGGCUAUGACCUGACACCAGAAGCCAUUUCAGUGAAAGCUGCCAAAGCUUCAAGGGACAUUGCAAGUGAUUACAAAUACAAAGAAGGAUACCGCAAGCAGCAGGGACAUCACAUCGGAUUCCGCAGCUUACAGGAUGAUCCUAAGAUGCUGUGGUCCAUGCAAGUAGCAAAGAUGCAGAGUGAGAGGGAGUAUAAGAAAGACUUUGAAAAGUGGAAGACAAAGUUUAACAUGCCCGUGGAUAUGCUGGGCUUCCUUCUGGCUAAGAAAUGUCAGGAGUUGGUUAGUGACAUAGACUACAAGCACAAACUACACCGCUGGACUUGUCUGCCAGACCAGGUGGAUGUCACCGAGGCAAAGAGGGUCUAUGAACUACAGAGUGAUAAUCAAUACAAGUCAGAUCUACAAUGGCUCAGAGGCAUUGGAUGGAGUCCUUUGGGGUCCUUGGAAUCUGAAAAGAACAAGAAAGCUUCUGAAAUACUGAGUGAAAAGAAGUACAGGCAGCACCCAGAUACCAUUAAGUUCACAAGCAUCCCAGAUGCCAUGGAUGUUGUUCUAGCCAAAUCUAAUGCCAAAAAUAGGAGUGAUAAACUCUAUAGAGAAGCUUGGGACAAGGACAAGACUCAGGUUCACAUCAUGCCUGAUACUCCUGAAAUUUUGCUGGCUAAAUCCAACUUAAUUAAUGCAAGUGAUAAACAGUACAAGUUAGGCUAUGAGGAGCUGAAGAAGAAAGGCUAUGAUCUUCCUCCUGAUGCUAUACCUCUCCAGGCAGCAAAGGCAUCCAGAGACAUAGCUAGUGAAUACAAAUACAAAAGCGCGUACCGCAAGCAGCUCGGGCACCACAUCGGCGCCCGCAACAUCGAGGACGAUCCCAAGAUGAUGUGGUCGAUGCACGUGGCCAAGAUCCAGAGUGACAGGGAGUACAAGAAAGCCUUUGAGAAGUCCAAGACAAACUUCAGUACCCCAGUGGACAUGCUGGGAGUCGUGCUGGCCAAGAAAUGUCAGGAGCUGGUCAGUGAUGUUGACUACAGGCACCCUCUGCACCGGUGGACCUGUCUGCCAGACCACAACAACAACGAUUGUGUCAUUUCAAAACAAGCCUAUGAGCUACAGAGUGAU